GAGACGGGAACCCGAAGUCGUCUUCGUCAGGCUACGAGCCGACGAGACUGACAGACUGAGAAGAGCUCGUCGCCCGAUUCCAUCUGGAUUUCCGCCGGCCAGCGGCGAGAUGUCCUUCUUCUUCCGGGCCGCUACGCGGCAGCGCCCGUCGCCGCAGGAGAUCGCGCGCUCCAUCAAGGACUCCCUCGUUGCCCUCGACACCAAGACCGGCGCCAAGGCUCUCGAGGAUGCUGAGAAAAACAUACUUACGUUGAGGCAUACACUUGCUGGUGAUGGAGAAGUAGAACCAAAUCAAGAGCAGGUUCUGCAGGUAGCCCUUGAGAUCUGCAAGGAGGGUGUUCUUUCGCUCUUUGUUCAGAAUCUUCCUUCCUUGGGUUGGGAGGCUAGAAAGGAUCUUGUCCACUGCUGGUGUAUUUUGUUGAGACAGAAGGUUGAUGAAGGCUAUUGUUGCGUCCAGUAUAUUGAAAAUCAUUUUGAUCUUUUGGAUUUCCUUGUUGUUUGCUACAAGAACUUGGAAGUUGCGUUGAAUUGUGGGAACAUGUUGCGAGAAUGCAUAAAAUAUCCUACACUUGCAAAAUAUAUAUUGGAGUCAAGUAGCUUCGAGUUGUUUUUCCAGUAUGUUGAAUUGCCAAACUUUGAUAUUGCUUCUGAUGCUCUGAACACCUUCAAGGAUUUGCUAACCAAACAUGAAGAUCAAGUUUCUGAAUUUCUGAGCUCUCAUUAUGAACAGUUUUUUGGACUCUACACAAAACUUUUAUCUUCAACUAAUUAUGUGACACGAAGACAAUCAGUGAAGUUUCUUUCAGAGUUUCUGUUGGAGGCCCCAAAUGCUCAAAUAAUGAAGCGUUACAUUUUGGAAGUUCGGUAUUUAAACAUUAUGAUGGGUCUUCUGAAGGAUUCAAGCAAAAAUAUCAGGAUAUGUUCCUUCCACAUAUUUAAGGUAUUUGUUGCCAAUCCAAACAAGCCUCGUGAGAUUAUUCAGGUUUUGGUUGACAAUCACAGAGAACUGUUGAAGCUACUCCACAAUCUCCCCACAAGCAAAGGUGAAGAUGAACAACUUGAUGAGGAGAGAGAUCUAAUUAUCAAAGAGAUCGAGAAGCUUGUGCGGUUGUCCGUAUAAACCCUCAGGAAAUUCAAACAUAUCCUUGAUGCUGAUGUUGAGGAAAAGUCUACCCCUUUGUCCCCUCAAUAUUUUGAAGACAUCCUUCCUGUGUAAUAUGCUGCCCUGUAUAGAGCUUGUCUUUCAUAUAUGGAAAAAGUUUGGCCACAAAUUGCAUUCUCCGUGAGAACACUUAGCAUUCCUAUCAGAAAUUUGUUGACGUGAUGCCGAUACACUGGUAGCAGAAUUCGUAACAGGAAUAAUCUGCAUUAUGGUGUGGUGUUGAUACCAUUACGAAUUGGCUGAGAGUGUCUGGCAUUUGAACUGGGUUCACUUGUCAUGUAGUAUAUUUUGAAUUUUGAUGCCUAACGUAACGUUUGCAAAUUCUUGGCAA